AUGACUUCGGUAUACGACGAGAUUGAGAUUGAAGAUUUUACUUAUGAUCCCAUCACAGAAUUGUUUCAAUACCCCUGCCCAUGCGGUGACCGUUUUGCUAUCGCAUUAGACGAUUUGAGAGACGGAGAGGACAUCGCUGUUUGUCCUAGCUGCUCGUUAAUGGUCAAGGUCAUUUUUGAGGUGGAAGACUUAGAUGAAUUAAUUCAAUAG